CUAAAUUAAGUUCUCUUUGAUAGAAAGUUUUCAACUUUUAAUUUAUUUUUUUUAUUCGACGAAAAAACCUCUCCGGUGAUGGUUUUGUCGGCGAAACAAACCCUCCCUACGAAGAUCGGACUUUUCCGACGAAACCCUUCUUCCUCACUACGAAGAUCUCCUGUUUCUCUCUCGUUUCCAUCGACGGAGCUUUCAAAACGCACCGUUUUAGCAGUCUCAAAGCCGCUUCAUCUCUCUUCUCUGAGAGCUAAGUCUCCGGUAGUGAGAUGUGAAGCUUAUGAAGCUGACCGAUCAGAGCCUCAGCCGAUCGAUGAUGCUGCAGCGGCGGAAACGAAAUCAGAGGCGGCUAAGAAAUUGAAGAUCGGGAUUUACUUUGCUACUUGGUGGGCUUUGAACGUUGUGUUCAAUAUCUACAACAAGAAGGUCUUGAACGCUUAUCCUUACCCAUGGCUUACGUCGACGCUUUCUCUUGCCGCUGGUUCGUUGAUGAUGCUAAUCUCUUGGGCUGUUGGGAUCGUUGAGACUCCUAAGACUGAUUUCGAUUUCUGGAAAACUCUUUUUCCGGUUGCUGUGGCACAUACAAUUGGUCAUGUGGCUGCAACGGUGAGUAUGUCAAAGGUUGCGGUUUCGUUCACUCACAUCAUCAAGAGUGGUGAACCUGCUUUUAGUGUGCUUGUCUCGAGGUUCCUUUUGGGUGAAACCUUCCCUACUUCGGUUUACCUGUCCCUCAUUCCAAUCAUCGGUGGUUGCGCUCUGUCUGCCCUUACCGAGCUUAACUUCAACAUGAUUGGUUUUAUGGGAGCUAUGAUUUCGAACUUGGCAUUCGUCUUCCGUAACAUCUUCUCGAAGAAGGGAAUGAAGGGAAAGUCUGUGAGCGGAAUGAACUACUACGCCUGUCUCUCAAUGUUGUCCCUAUUGAUCCUCACUCCCUUUGCGAUUGCGGUUGAAGGACCUCAGAUGUGGGUCGAUGGCUGGCAAACAGCGCUUGCUACUGUCGGACCACAGUUUGUUUGGUGGGUGGCUGCCCAGAGUGUGUUCUAUCACCUCUACAACCAAGUGUCUUACAUGUCUUUAGACCAAAUCUCUCCCCUGACAUUUAGUGUUGGUAACACCAUGAAACGUAUCUCCGUCAUCGUCUCCUCCAUCAUUAUCUUCCGCACUCCAGUCCAGCCUGUUAACGCCCUUGGAGCCGCCAUUGCUAUCCUUGGAACCUUCUUGUAUUCCCAGGCAAAGCUCUGAUUCGGAAGACAUAAGAGUGUCCGGGUCUGGUGUUGAGCUCGUGAUUUCGGUUAAAACCGGGAAAAGAGCUUAAUGUAGAUAUUUAUCCUCAAUAAUGAAAGAAAUGAUGAGAAUGGAC